AUGGCCUCUGAGAGCAAUCACUUUCUAGUUAAUGUCAAGUUCAAUUUCACACAUCUCUCAGACCCUGUAGGCAAAACUGCAAAGGCAAAGACUUCUGAUGUUGAGAAACUUUGGGUAACUGUAGGCUCCGGGCUGGGGAGCCGCGCGGGCCGGAGGGGAGGCGGGGAGCGCGGCCCCUCCCCUUCCCUCCCCGACGCCCGCCUCGCGGGGCCGCGCGGCGCGAAGUUCCCAGAGGGGCAGUGGCGGCGGCAGCAGCAGCGACGGCGGCGGCGGCGGCGGCGGCGCGGAGAGCCGGGGGUGGGGGGGGCGGGGCUGAGGGCCGCGCGGGCGGCGCGCUUCCCGAGCGCACGCGCUGCGUUCCUCGCGCCGCCGUCCGCCUGGUCCGUGGAGCCGGGAACACCGGCCGCUGCAUUUCAGUCCUGUGUCUUCCUCAGUAGCAUGAAUGUUAUCAGAGAACUAAGAUAGUUAUGAGGAUUUAAUGAGGUAAUACAUGUGACACUGAUGAUAAAAAUCCCUUCAAGAAUUUAGAUGUGACAUCUGCAGCAGGUUCAAAUCUCUCAGCUAUAAGACAAACUGGAUACUUCGUAAAGAUUUUCAUCUGUUAUGCACAGAGCCAAAAUCCGUUACUGAAAUUGUCUGGGUGAGCUGCCUGCUGGGUCCAGUGAUGCACUAGUAGACAAAGAAGUUGAAAGAGAAGGAUGGCAUGUUCUUUGGAUGACUGGCAGAUUGUGACACCAAAAUGGCAUCAAGCCCUACUAUGAUUCCAAGGACUUCAUGAUUAAAUAAAUAUUGAUUUUUUUUUUAAUUUC